CUGAAAUCCGCACCGACGCGGACCCUCAGCUGUGGGCGGGGCCAGGCGGGACCUCUGUGACCUGGGCGGUGCCGGGGGGAGGAAGCGAGACUCUCAGGGGUUCCUUUUGCGCGGCGGAACUGGGGCCUGUAAGAUUCGAGUCCCUCUGGCUGCAGAAACCGGGAGGAAGCUGGCGCAGCCAGGGCCCCUCCUGCAGCAGAGUGCAGCUGGGUGUGAUCUUGUCUGAGGUUCUCCUACUCUGGAACAGAAGCUCUCCUGCUGCAAAGAAGGCCAGCUGUUGAGGGUUUCAGGCCGGCGUAUGGGAGGGAAUCUGGGGCUUGCCCACCCAGACGCGUCUUUUUCCCUCUCUCUGUUCGUUAACGCCACCUACCGCGCAGGCGCUCUGUGCAGGAGGUGGUAGCGGCAGUCCUGGCAAGUGAGGAUUUCUUUACCCCAGCAGCCUCAGAACUUGGAUACGUUUUCUUCCACUGACCUGUGUCCUGAGGACCUCUGCCCUCUUCAGGACAGCCUCUUCAGGUAUGAGGAGGAAAUGGAACCACAUUCUCAUGCAGUCCCAUGCCAGCCAUCUAUGAGCUUCAAGGACGUGGCUGUGACCUUCACGCAGGAGGAGUGGGGACAGCUGAAUCUGGCCCAGAGGAGACUGUACCGCAACGUGACUCUGGAGACCUGGAGCCACCUGGUCUCUCUGGGACUUCUGCUUUCCAAACCGGAUGUGAUCAGCUGGCUGGAGCAAGGACAAGACCCGUGGAGGGCAGAACAGGGACCUCCCCAAGACUGGAAGAAUACAUUUGAAAAGAAAGAGUCAGCUUCCAAAGAGGAUUUUGCUGUGGAAGAAGCAUUCCACCAUAUAGAAAUGAAACACUGCAUAUGGGAGAAGGGCCCCUGGUUGGUGUCAUUAGGAGAAAGGCAGGAUUGGAGGAACCAGGUAAAGAAGCACCAGGAGGACUCUUUGAGUCAAAUGGUACUUACCUCACAGACACUGUCUGCUCAAGGGGAACAUUGUGAGCAUGACCUUGGGGGAAGUUACCUGAGUGUAAGCCUUCUACCUCCAACAUUACCCAAAAGAACACAUUUCCAUACGUUUGACUCACAGGUUAAAAAGUUGAAACAGAAUUCAUUUUUCAUUAAUCACAAGAAAGGCUGGGCUGAUCAGAAGCCCUAUGAAAAUCACCAAAGUGCUAGAGCCUUCUGUCAGAGCAUUUAUUUGAAUAAACUUGGAAAUGUUGAAAUGAGAAAUAAAAAGCUUUAUGAAUAUACUGUCAGUAGUGACUCCUUCAACUAUGGCACCUCCCUUCGAUUUCAUAAUAGGCAUUUUUCAGCAGAGAACAACAAUAACUAUACAGACUAUGGAAACAUCAUUCAUCAUAGCAUGUCUCUGAAUGAACACAACCCGAUGCAUUUUAGAGAAUGUCAGGAUGAGUGUGAUGAAUGCCUUGUACAAACCGAAAUAAAUGAUCCUAGAGAAGCACCAUUUAGAUGUCAGGAGGAACAUAAUGCCUUCCACACAGCCUCAUCUUUUGCUCACUGUGACAUCGUUCAGCCUGGAAAGAAGUCACAUGCAUGCAAUCAGUGUGGAAAAUCUUUCAGCUGUUGCUCUAAGCUUGUUAUACACCUGAGAACACACACUGGAGAAAAGCCCUAUGAAUGUACUCAGUGUGGGAAGUCUUUCAGCCAGAGCUAUAGCCUCGUCAUCCAUCAGAGAACCCACACUGGAGAAAAGCCCUAUGAAUGUAAUCAGUGUGGGAAAUCCUUCACCCAGAGUUCCAAACUUAUUAGGCAUCAGCGAACUCACACUGGAGAAAAACCAUAUAAAUGUCACGAAUGUGGAAAAUCUUUCAAGUGGAACUCUAACCUUAUUGUACAUCGAAGAAUCCAUACUGGAGAGAAACCUUAUGAAUGUUCUCAUUGUGGAAAGUCCUUCAGCCAAAGCUCUGACUUUGUUGCACAUAAAAGGACUCACACUGGAGAGAAACCCUAUGAAUGUAACCAGUGUGGAAAGUCUUUCAUUCGAAGCACUCAACUUUUUAGGCAUCUGCGAACUCACACUGGAGAGAAGCCAUAUAAAUGCAAUCAGUGUGAUAAAGCUUUCACUGGGAGCUCCCACCUUAUUGAGCAUCAGAGAACUCAUACUGGAGAGAAACCUUUUGAAUGUAAUCAGUGUGGGAAAGCCUUUACUGGGAGCUCUCGUCUUCUUUCACACGAGAGAAUUCAUUCUGGAGAGAAACCAUACGAAUGUAACAACUGUGGGAAAUCUUUUCGGCACCGAUCACAGCUUGUUGUGCAUCAGCGAAUCCAUACUGGAGAGAAACCUUAUGAGUGCAGUCAAUGUGGAAAAGCUUUCAGCCAGAGGUCUCCCCUCAUUGUGCAUCAAAGAACACACAUUGGAGAGAAGCCCUAUCAGUGUAACAUGUGUAUUAAAGCCUUCCGUCAGAGGUCACGCCUUACUGAACAUGAGAGAACACAUACUGGAGAAAAGCCCUAUGAAUGUAUUGACUGUGGAAGAGCCUUUACUGAUAGGUCGACACUUACAAAACACGAGAGAACACACACUGGCGAGAAACCCUAUGAAUGUAAUCAUUGUGAAAAGGCCUUUAGUCAGCGAUAUCAACUUACUAGGCAUCAGAGAAUUCAUAUUAGAGAAAAAACCUAUGAAUGUAAUGAAUGUGGGAAGAUUUUCAGUUAUAAUACAUCCCUUAUUCAACAUGAAAAAACUCAUGGGAGAGAAGCUGAAUAAUCAAGAUGGGAAGCUCACAGCCAAACCUUUAUUAGACAUCAGGUGACAAUGUAUGACUCUCAGUGUGGUCUAAUGACCAUGUGCGUCAGAUUUGCUUGGAGUGUUCUUGAAACUGCACAUUACCAAGCUUACCUUGAUCGACUAAAUCAGAAUCUCUGGCAGUAAAACCCAGGAGCCUACAGUUCCCCAAAGCAGCACAAGUAAUUUGUUUGUACAUUAAAAUGUGUUUACAUCUGCAUUUAGAUGAGAAGCUGUGAACAUACCACUGAUUUAAAACUGUCAGAGCUCUUAGGAGGAGUUAGGAAAUUCAGUAUGUAGCUAUACCCACCAAAUAAUCUUUUUAGUGUAAACAACCACCCAGACUUAAUCAGACAUUGACCUUGUAACACAUUCCUAGAAAUAGUGGACUGGAAGAUGUUCUCUUUUUUUAUCUUAUUUUUUUGGACUGGAAGAUAUCUUGAUGUGAAGCCCCAGACACGCAAUCUAAGAAGAACUCUGCAUGACAAAGUUGGUAUUGAGUGAUGAAAUAUGAAGCCUGCCAAUGUAAACUAGCAGUUAACACAACAAAUUGGAGGAGGACUGAGGAUGGAAAGUCUCCCAAAUUGGUUUUUAUUAGAAUUAAAAGUAGACUCUGAAUAUAUCAAAGACUCUGUUGUGCUCUGAUUUCACUUUGUUGCUCAGUUAGGUUGACUAUAAUCAGAGCGGGGUGUAUAGCAUAUAUGGAAAAUAUUUACCAGGUGAAGUGAAAACAGGACCCAAAGUAGUAUAUACACAAAAUGUUACAACCAUAUAAAAAGCAUGCACACAGAUGGUUGGUUAAGAAGGUCCCUUCAGCAGCAUGUUCAAAACAAAGGCCGAAAUGUAAAUCAACAAUGGUGGAGAAAGUGGGAGAGGCCAUAACCGCAGAUUUGAGCAAGGUGAAAGCAGGUGUGAAAGCAUCACCUGGAGGGGCAGAGUGGAAAGGCUGAAGCCUGGAUCAUGUGAAGAGAGGGCUGGAGCAGUAGAGGCCACAGCUGCCUAGCAGAGCUGUACACCAAGAGGUGGGGGGAGAAAAAGAUCUUUGAAACUCCAAAUUUUCUCUCCCUUCUCCCCUAUUUUUAUUGUCUUACAGAGAGUAUCUGGCUGUGGGUAAGCAGAAAAUAAAGUAGGAAGCAAGUUAUGUACUAAAAAUAGUCUGGGGGACCGGGGAAUUUGGUGGAUUAUGUUCCAAAACAAGGGCUGCCCUAUUUGGACAUCGUGAGGACCUUCACCCUAGCAGCUGGUUCUUGUACUUUUCACCCUCUAGCAAAGCAUCCCAUUAGACUG